CCGUCUCCAUUUAGACCGUUUUGCUUUCCAGUGACUUGCUUACAGCAAAGGUAGGUCAGUAAAUACCAAUGGAUCAUAAAGAUGAAUUUUUAGGAGCUAAAAGUCAUGGUGAUAGCUUAUCUCUGCAGAUGCUGUUGUCUGAAAACUAUCUUAGCUCACGUUUACAGAUCUAUAGGAAAGCCGUGAAGCUGGUACAGAGAGUGCCCACGCGCCCUGCACCCACUCUUCUCUCUGGUUAACAUCUUACACUAGUGUGGUAUUUUAGUUACGAUUAACGAGCCGAUAUUGAUACAGCGGAAGUCCACACUUUAUUCAGACCGCCUUAGUUUUCCCUGCCAUCCUCCUUCUGUUCCGGGAUCCCAUCCCCUCCCACGUGACGUGUGGCGUCUUGUCUCCUUGGGCUCCCCCUGCUCGAGACGGUUCUCCGACCUUCCUUGUUUUCGAUGACUCCUGACGAUUGGUCGGGUGUUUCGAAGCGAGUUCAUCUCGCCUGUGAUUCAUUCGUCUGAUCUUUUUCUCAGGGUUAGCCUGGGCUUAUGGGUUUGGGGAGGAGGCUGUCAGAGGUAAAGGCCCUUCUUAUCACAUCAUAUGGUCAACUAUAACUUGUCACUGUUGAUGUCGACCUUGGCCAGCUGGCCGGGGCCGUGUCUGUCAGCGUUUAAAUCACUGUCCUGGGAUGCUGUUCACGGUGUGGGUGGCAUCCUGGGACCCCCACUGGGUGUGUCCCGUGUGAAAGUCGGGGGCCGGGAGCCGUAUGUGCACGGGGGCCCCCUCUUGGCCUGUGAUCAGGGGUGCAUCACAUAGCACUUUGGGCCAACAUUUUGGUCCAGGGAAGUGCUUCCCCGGGUAGUGACGGUUACAAGGAGCCCUGACUUGUUAGCAAUUCAGCGCUUUUCUGCUCUGGACCUAACUCUGUGUUACAGUGGAGACGGCUUGACCCCUGCCAUCUCAGAGGAUCCCAGGAAGGUCUCUAAACGGCAUUGUCAUUGCUAUUCAGGGCCUCUGGGUCCUAAUAAUUAAAUUAAAAUGUGGUUUGGUUUUCUUUCCCCAGCAGCCCACUUGGAAUGGCGUCUUGCUUUUCCUGGCAAAUCGCACGAUUAUUGAGGGCAGGAAUGACGUCCUCAACGUGUGCCUCUCGUGCUCCUUCUGCCCGUAGGAGGCUCUUGGUUAAGAACUGAAAUCAGUGCGGAGGCUCAGCGACCAGAGUCCAGUCGGCCGGCGUGGGCCUCCGGGCGUUUCUCCCGCUGGUUAAGCCUGAGACCGGGAAGCCGUGGGUGGGUGUUGUGACCACGGGCCGUGGAAUCGUGACGUGCAAGGCCUUAGCUGUAGAUGACGGCACGGGCGCACCUCGCCGUCCGGCUGCGAUGAAGGGUUGAUGGUUUGAGCCGCAGGAUGGGGUGCAAGGCGCUGGUGGGCGUCGGGCAGCAGAUGCUGCGGCGGAAGGUGGUGGACUGCAGCUGGGAGGAGAGCCGGCUGUCCCGCUGCCUCAACACGUUCGACCUGGUGGCGCUGGGGGUGGGCAGCACGCUGGGGGCCGGCGUCUACGUGCUGGCCGGGGCCGUGGCCCGGGAGAACGCGGGGCCCGCCAUCGUCAUCUCCUUCCUGGUGGCCGCGCUGGCCUCCGUGCUGGCCGGCCUCUGCUACGGCGAGUUUGGCGCUCGGGUCCCCAAGACGGGCUCGGCCUACCUCUACAGCUACGUCACCGUGGGUGAGCUCUGGGCUUUCAUCACCGGCUGGAACCUCAUCCUCUCCUACAUCAUCGGUACUUCGAGCGUAGCCAGAGCCUGGAGCGCAACGUUUGACGAGCUGAUUGGCAAACCCAUCGGGGAGUUCUCGCGGACGCACAUGGCCCUGAACGCGCCCGGGGUGCUGGCCGAAAACCCGGACAUAUUUGCCGUGAUCAUAAUUCUCAUCUUAACAGGACUGCUGACCCUGGGCGUGAAGGAGUCGGCCAUGGUCAACAAGGUCUUCACGUGUGUCAACGUUCUGGUGCUGGGCUUCAUCAUGGUGUCGGGAUUCGUGAAAGGAUCCAUUAAAAACUGGCAGCUCACGGAGGAGGAUUUCCAGAACACAUCUGGCCACCUCUGCCUGAACAAUGACACGGAGGAGGGGAAACCUGGCGUCGGGGGGUUCAUGCCCUUCGGGUUCUCCGGUGUCCUGUCGGGGGCAGCCACCUGCUUCUACGCGUUCGUGGGCUUCGACUGCAUCGCCACCACAGGGGAGGAGGUCAAGAACCCCCAGAAGGCCAUCCCCGUGGGCAUCGUCGCGUCCCUUCUCAUCUGCUUCGUCGCCUACUUCGGGGUGUCGGCCGCCCUCACGCUCAUGAUGCCCUACUUCUGCCUGGACAAGGACAGCCCCCUGCCAGACGCCUUCAAGCACGUGGGCUGGGAGGGCGCCAAGUACGCAGUGGCCAUCGGCUCCCUCUGUGCCCUUUCCACCAGCCUUUUAGGGUCCAUGUUUCCCAUGCCUCGAGUUAUCUAUGCCAUGGCUGAAGAUGGGCUGCUGUUUAAAUUUUUGGCCCAGAUCAACGAUAGGACCAAAACACCAAUAAUCGCCACGUUAACCUCAGGUGCCAUUGCCGGGGUGAUGGCCUUCCUCUUCGACCUGAAGGACCUGGUGGACCUCAUGUCCAUUGGCACCCUCCUGGCCUACUCUCUGGUGGCUGCCUGUGUGUUGGUCUUACGGUACCAGCCGGAGCAGCCUAACAUGGUAUACCAGAUGGCCAGGACUAGUGACGAGCUCGACCCAGUCUACCAGAACGAGUUGGUGAGCACCAGCGAUUCCCAGAUGGGCUUUUUACCAGAAGCAGAAAAAUUUUCUCUGAAAACCGUACUCUCACCGCAAAAUACAGAGCCUUCCAAAUUCUCUGGGCUAAUUGUGAACAUCUCAACCAGCCUCAUAGCCCUGCUGGUCAUCACCUUCUGCAUGGUGGCUGUGCUUGGCAACGGGGCCCUGGUAAAUGGGGAGCUGUGGGCAGUCUUCGUGCUCGUGGGCUCCGCCUUCCUCUGCUGCGUGGUCACAGCCAUCAUCUGGCGGCAGCCCGAGAGCAAGACCAAGCUCUCGUUCAAGGUGCCCUUCUUGCCGGUGCUGCCGGUCCUGAGCAUCUUCGUGAACGUCUAUCUCAUGAUGCAGCUGGACCGAGGCACGUGGGUCCGGUUUGCAGUGUGGAUGCUGAUAGGCUGCCUCAUCUACUUCGGCUACGGUCUCUGGCACAGCGAGGAGGCGUCCCUGGCCGCCGACCCAGCAAGGACUCCUGACGGUCACUUGGACCAUUGCAAGUGACGCACAGCCCUGCCCCCAAGGCCCCGGCAGCACCUCGCCCCCCCUGCGCGUGCACGGGACCCGCCCGCACCCAGAGAGCACAGUGCCGCGACGGGGCGGCCCGCGGCCUGCGUGCCCUGCUCAGGCCGGCUCGCCGGGCCCAUCACCUGGCAGCUCCCAGCUGGGGCCGCGGGGCCGAGGCUGCCCACCUGCCUCUGAGCCUCUCUCUGAGCAAGACAGCAGCCCUUCUCCUCGCCGGCCGGGCGCCCCUGCUGCUGCGGCCUUGGGCAGAAUGGAGGUCACCUCCUCUCAUCACCUGAGCGGUCCGGCCUCCCUUCCAGGGACUGUGCUGGACACUCCAGUCCCCGCCUCCCCGCCCAGCCCCGAACAGCCGCCCCAGAUGCCAGCUGAGCACCGCGACACGGUCUGUGCCCAGCUGUGCCGCCCCCAGCCUGAGGACAGCGUGUACUUAGGAAGGAAAACUAGACGGUCUCCUUCUCCUGCUUCUGCUGAGCUGUCUCCGGAGGGCCCGUGAGGACUGUGACCACCCCCCCUCCUUCCAGGCAGGGGCUCCGGCCCCCCUCGCACACUGCACACUCGGGCCACGGGACCGGGCUCUGCGCGGGGCCAGGGCGGUGGCCACUCCACCCGGACCUCCUGCGGCCGCCAGCCCAGGCCCCGGGCCGGUCCCUGCUGCUCUGGCGCCUCUCAGCGCCGGCCGAGUCCUGAGUAACUGGAAUGUGACACUAUUUCUGUAGGACCUGCCUCGAGUGAGCCGAGCGGAGAACAGCGCUUUCUGUGGUCCUGGCUCCGCCCUGAGUCGUCCUCUGCCGCUCGGAGGUCGGUUUCUUGGGUCUCAAGGUCUCCGAGGCCGGCGUCCGCUCAUCCUGAGUGACGGCGUGGCCCUGCAGCUGCUUCUGGCCCCUCUCGUGUCUUAUCCUCACGUGGAGUCCUCCUGUCUGCCGCUGUGAAUCGGUCACUCCACUGAACUCAGCAGGCGCUUAACAGUGUCGCGGCACACGGCCGAGCGAUCACCCCGAACUGUCCAGGGUGCGGGGUCUGCACGUGACACGGUUUGGGGUCACGUUACUGUGCCUCUCGUGUGGGUGUGUGUCGUCCAGACGCUGCGGGUUUGUGUGCGGGUCGGUGACCCUGCCCCGCACCCCUGCCUCGGUGUCCGUGUGUCCCUGUGCACACGGCGCUCCCUCCCGAGGCCCUGGGGACUCUUCUGGUAGCCGGGCCAAGUCUGCCUUCCCGAGAGAGUGUAGUUCAGUAGACGGAAGGGCCCGUGUUGGCAGGUGAGGGGCAGGCGUGUUGGACUCCACGGGAAGUGUAAACGCUGCUUUGGAAGCUCCGCUCCCCAUAUCCUCUCACUCUGGCCUUUGUCACAAACCUGGUAGAAAGAAGCCUGAUGAACUGAUGGCACUCGGCUUUUCUCCCUCUGCCCCAAAAAGUUCUUGGAGGAAAAUGCAAGAAUGAGUGAAGCAGCCAGUUGGCAGGGUCGGCCUUCGUUCUAGGCUCUGGUGGCCGCUCUGGUCGCUCAUGGAAGCUUUAUUCUCAGUGUCACUUGUGAAUCUUCCAGCGGGAGGACUGUAAGAGCCCAAAGCUUGGAUUUCCAAAGAAAGGUAUUUAAUUUAUGUAGCUUGGUGCUUUGCUUGGUACAACAUUGUGAUAAAUAGUAACGUAUUUUGUGGGGUUUGGUGUCUGCCGUCCUCUGGGGCCUCUUGGCCGUUGGUUUGCGUGAUGUCUGCUGUUUUUCCACAGAGGCAGAGAGCGCGAGGGAGAGAGGGUGUCCCAGAAAGGUGGCAGGUUGAGGUGUUCUUUCCCUUUUUCGUUCUGGCUGACGUUUCCCCAUGUGACGCCCCCCAGCAGACUGCACGACUGAUGUUUCCGCCAGCAGCGCUCGUGGCUCUCCAGCCAAGAAGGUGUGUCUCAGCAUCUCACGGGGCGAGCGCGUCCUGACACGUGGUCCCCUUCCUCACCCAGAGCCGCGAGGCGCCGCGCAGAAGGGCAGUGGCUGCCUUGAGAAGGCCCCCGCGCUCCCCCCCGGAAAGAGCACCUGGGGUCCCGGGACGGGGCCUGUUGAGAGCGGGUCUUCGUGCCGUUGCCGAGGGUUUUCUCUUCUGUGCGUGGGGCGGCGCCUCCGAAGUCAGUGGGCCUUCUGAUCACACCCCUCCUUCCUGGCCCUGAGCUGGACACGCGCACAAACACGUACACACAGAGACCUGCCAGACAGACACACGGACACAGACACACGGCCAAAAGUAACUGCCGGAAGUUCCCGACGGUUUCACAUCCCAGCCCCUCCCGCACUCGGUUCCACGGCUUGGCUACGUUUUCCUGCAGAGUCAGAAGUUCCACAUUUCCAGUGACGCGCCCUUCGGGGCUACCGCGUCUCCUUUUAUCUGUGCACCAGCCCCAAACGGUCACAUUGGAAAGACCCGCUUGUGAUGGGGAAGCGCCCCUUCCUGCCGCCCGCGACCCCCUCCCUGCGUGUCCACGGCCUUGUGAAAACCCACGCGGGGUCCCCGGGACCUGUGCCAAAGAGUGAGGGGUGCGGGGUCUCCGGAGAGGCAGUGGGCCCCGAGCCACCCCCCGCCCCGGGGUGGGGGAUGGGGGCCUCGGGCAGGAGCUCGAGCCUCCGCACGGCCCCCGGCUCACCUGCUCGCAUCUCCUCUGCCCGACUUUGGGCCGGCUUUGCUUUUACAAACCCAGAGGGCCGCGGGACGGAGCACCUUUCCAGGCCGACUUGCAGAAGCUGCAGAGUUUACACUGUCGUCAGGGUCACUUGUGUCUCCCCCACGCUAGGUUUUGUUCCGUUGAGUCCGUGUCCAUCAGGUGGUCGGCUUCCUGGUUCCGUGUAGUUUGGACACCACGGGCCUUGCCCUGCCGUGUCCACUGGCGACUGCAGCACUGCGGAGGCUUCUGUGCCCACCCGGAGCCCCCGGGCCCGCGGCACUCCCUUCUCCACCUCUGACACAUCUGUUCACACCUGAGAGGGGCGCGGGCCCAGCAGGAGCCUCACGACGUGUUUGCUGUGCUUUGUGCAUGGCGUCAGGGGGGCGGACAGCGGUG